AAUCCUGACAGAGGCUGAAAAGAUCACGAGGGAUCACAAAAAGAGAAGAGGGGCUAAGGAGAUCAAGAAGUUAUCGAGUUUUUUCAGCAAAUAUUUUGUUCCAAAAGAGAACAUGGCGAUGUUUUUGUUCUUUGUCAGUUGCAGCAUGUUGGGUGGUAUCGUUGAAGCUGAGGUGGUUUUGGGGAUGGACAGGCCCUUUCAGAGGAUUCGGCUCUCUGACAGAGCUGAGCUGAAAUGCUGCUUCCAGAACUGGGAUAAAGGUUUCCAUUGGGUCAAGAGUAAAAAAGCCUCUGAAAGGGUGGAAGAGGUUGCCAUGUCCGAGCUUGUGACAGCGACCACUCGAAUGCCGAUCAAGAACAACUGCAGCAUUCUGACCUUCAAGUCAGUGCAGCUGAACGACACUGGGAUGUACCUGUGCCGGCUGAACGUGAGCUUCAUCCACACACAUGGCACCUACAUGCAGGUCUAUGUGCCAAUGGAAAAAACGAUCAAUCUCAGUGAAAGCACCAAAAACCUUAUCCUGAUGACUGAAGGAAUCCUCCUGUUUCUGUGUGUGGUGGGCCCAUCCUUCCUCUUUCUGUCUAAGAAAAAACAUGAAAAUAAACAGGUGAUGAAGAAAGAAAAAAUGGAGGAAGAAAACAUUUACCAGGGGCUAGAUUUGGAUGACUGUUGUACAGCAUAUGACCAUAUUGAGCGUCCCCAGGGAUAUGGGCAUUACCAGGAUGUGGGCACCACUGUCAAAGAGGGGGAAGAAAUCCAGCUGGAAAAACCCUGAAGGAAAGUUGAGGGAAAAAAAGCCACCAGGCCCUUUGGAGAUUACACAGCAGCCACAUUGAGCUUUUGCCAGCAUAUAUAUAUAUAUAUACUUUUUUUUUAAAAUAUGCCAUGUAUUUUAACAAAUAUAUGUAUUUUGCUAAGCAAUUUAUAUACUUAAAUGAAUUAAAAAAAAAAGAUUUCUAAAAAUGGGCUGUCAAAAUGUAGAUAAUUCACUUGAGAAAAAGCAUAGCAAGUAUCCCAGCGUAGGGAGCACACUAUAGGUAAAUUGAAACAUUUUUAGUUUGCAACAUAUAGAUCGUAUAAAAAAAUUAACCCGAGUUUUUCGUUGUUUUUUUUUUUUGGGGGGUUU